UACGGUUUUGCCUGCGAGUAUAUGUACACACAGUGUUGAAAAAGAUCAAAGAGAUUAGUCAGAGACAUGAAGAGGAAAGGAACGAAGGUUUCCAAGCCUUGAGGGCCAAGUUCCAUACCCAGACAGACAUGAGCGAAGCCAAGCCUCCGCCUCCAGUCCUGGUCAGGCAAGCUAACGUCUUCAGCUCCAACUCCCAGGCUAACGGACCCUUCAAACCCAGCCCUAGAGGCUCCCCUCUGAGUUCGAAUGUGAGCACCCCUCCCGCUCCUAAAAUCCAGGGAGCCAUUCGAGCCUUCGGGGAAUCCCCGCGAUUUCCCAAACCAGAGACUGUCAAGUCAGGCAGCCCAGGGAAUGAAAGACCCUCCCCUGCUGCUUUGUUCCCACGAACCCCCGGACCAGGCCGCGUGAUUUCCAGUGACGGUGGAGAGUUACUAGACAGUCCUGUCAAGUCCAAAGCUGAGGAAUUUCGCCAAAACUUGAUGCUGAUGCAGCAAGUAAAUCGUGGGUCACCAGAUGGGCCUAGAGAGACCCCCAGACCUGCUGCACCUUCCCCUGCUUUGGUCCCACCCCUACGCAGCCAGAAGAGCGUCACCGAGACCCCCGCCCCCUUGAGGAAGCCCCUCCCCCCUGAAACGACUCUGGGCUCCAAACCCAUCAAGCCCAAGAGACCCCCUCUCGUCAAUCUGGACAACUUCAGGAAAGGCAAGCUCCCCCAGUUGCCUGGACGACUACCUGUUGGGAAGAUGAUUGUGGCCAGCAAACCUCCACACCCAGGAUUCAACACUCCCCCAGCCCCGCUGCGUCCUGGACUGAGGCCCAGCCCCUCCAUGCCACAGCGCCCCCCUGUGCCUGCGGAAGAAGAGCAGGACACAUACGACGACGUGGAUUUCGUCCCGCCAUUCCCUGCCCCCCCACCCCUGCCCGCCAAGCAAGAUUCCUGGAACAACCAAGGGUCUAAUCAAGGAGAUGAGGACAGCGAUGGCAGUGAGAUCUAUGAAGAGGUUGACAGCACGGAGACCCAGCACCACAAAGCGGGAGACAACAAGAAGAGACAGAAGGAACUGAAGCGGCAGCAGGAGCUCGACAAGAAAGAAAUGAAAGAGAGGCAGAAACGAGAAAGCGAGUUCAGGAAGAAAUUCAAGCUGACAGGUUCAGUGGAGGUCAUUCACUCAGCGAAGGUUAGGGUGGACUGUCGUGGAGGAAAGAACGAUCUGUACGUCAAGCAGGGAGAGAUCGUGGAGAUCGUGAGGGUGAAGAACAAUCCUGAAGGAAAGUGGCUUGCCCGAACAUUCGACGGAACCUACGGCUACAUUAACAACACCAGCGUGGACGUGGAUUAUGAGGAAGUGAAGCGGAAGAUUCAGAGCCAGGGCCGAAGCCGGGUGCUCGAGUCCUCCUCGGGGCCCGUGCAGGAUGAGGAUUUCUACGAUGAUGUGGGCUCCUCGGAGCAAAUGAGCAGCAACCGAAAAGCAGAUAAUGAGGACGUUUACGACGAUGUCGAAGCAAUCCCAGAGGAAUUCCCUCCCCCACCUCCUGAAAUCUGCCUGGACCCAAGGAGGAGCAAGAAAGAAGAGAAGGAGGAAAAGGAGUUCAGGAAGAAGUUUAAGUAUGAAGGGCCAAUUGAAGUCCAGUACCAGAUGAUGGUGGACCCCAAUGCAAACAUCAAGAAGACUGGAGGGAAGGACUUGCCCCUGAUCAGAGGAGAGAUCCUGGAUGUCAUUAAGAUGGUCAAUGACAAGAAAGCCAUCUGUCGCAACAAGCAAGGAAAAUAUGGCUAUGUUCCCAAAUCCAUUCUGCUGCAGGCGGAAGGAGACAUAUACGACGAUGCUGAAACUGCUGCUGAUAUCUACGAUAACGACUGAUUUCCAGUAACGUCUGAAGAGCAAGAGAAACUUGAAUACCUUGCCUCAGGAAUUCUGAAGUCCUGUUUAUUUGAAUACCUUGCCUCAGGAAUUCUGAAGUCCUGUUCAUUUGAAUACCUUGCCUCAGGAAUUCUGAAGUCCUGUUCAUUUGAAUAACUUGCCUCAUGAAUUCUGAAGUCCUGUUCAUUUGAAUAACUUGCCUCAGGAAUUCUGAAGUGCUGUUCAUUUGAAUUUCCCCAAGACACGACGUUCCUCUGAAGUUCCAUUACAAGCAUCUCUCUUACGCAGUAAACCUGAGAAAUAUUUCCUCGCUUGCCAUCUUCUCUGAGCCUUAUUGAUUCCUUAUUCAUAUGCUUCAUACCGCAGGACACUGAACAGGAAAGUGAGCUUGUGUGAAUAGCAAAAGACACAAGAAUCAGCUGUAGUAUAUUAGCCCAGCGAUUUUCAAUCAGCUGUGGUAUAUUAGCCCAGCGGUUUUCAACUUGAUGAAACUUUAGGACACACAUUGAAUGUUUGGGAACAUUUUUGUAAGCAUGUUUUUAUUUCUUAAACUAGCCAUGUCAGGUAUUUUCAUCCUUAUAAAUAUUUAGAAAUGUCUCAAGGAACAAAUGUGAAACGGCAACUGAUAUUGUGAAUAGAAAAAAGAAUGGCAGUGCACUGAUCCAGCUCCUAGGGGUGUGCCGAUACUCGCACUUUCCAAAUAAUUACCAUUACGAAAGUAUUCCUUAAAUUAAUAAAACAUCAUUAUUGAGCUUCCAACAGAAUCUCACAGUGUUAUUUAAUAUAGAGCCUGUCGUGCUCACAUUUUUUAAAACGAUUAUUUGUCUCAUCUUUCUUUGACACCUUUGAUAUUAAAUCAUAUUUAUUUUACUUUCAUUAGAAGUGUGUCUUCUCUGCAGUGAAUUGUGUGACGAAUCAGUUGCAUUUGCUAGUUUUGCAACAUAUUUUCAUUGUCAGUUUAUGGCCUCAGUAUGGCAGUAAAAAUGUCAGUGCCCAGGAUGAGAGGAAAAUUUGCUUCCAAACGACUUUUAAAACUCAAUGCGGAAGUUGAUUAUCAUUGAUUGGUACUCAAAGGUGAUUGGAAGGUCAACUUUUCUUGUUUUGAAAUCACAUUAAUGAAUUAAUUUAUUUAAUACCUGCUGAUAAAUACUUCUUAAAGGUAAUUACUCAGAAAAUACUAGUAUAAGUGCACCCCACCAGCCCCUCUGUAUAAUUCUGCAUAAUGUUUGGGUCCUGAUCGCAUCACUAGUGAAUUUAAUGGUGUGAUCCUCUCUGCAAUCCGCAACCUGCAUGAUUUAUAAGUCUUGUUUGCCUGAAACCGGCACAGAGUUCUGGCUUUUUUUUUCUUUUCUAAGGUUUUAAUGAAGUAUGCUGUGUAAAUAUGCAUCUGUCACACAGGGUAUGGUACAUGUACAGUAAAAUCCUUGUUUACAUAAUGGAGAAAAUGACAUUCAAAUGAACAUGGUGUGCCUGGACAGCAUUGUACAGAGUUUUUUUUUUAUUUUUUAUUAAGUGUUCAAGUAGUCAUUUAUAGGUUUUAGGUAUUAGAUUUUGCAGUACCGCUUAUAAAUUAGCACACUGGAUAAUUUGGCACAAUUAUCCAGUCCCAAGCGAUUCCAGAAUAGGUUUUACAUUAUAUUUUUAAGGCAUCCUUUCUCUAAAGCCGGAAGAAAUUCACAGAAUAUUUAGGCUAUGUAAUUUGCAACAAUAAACUGCAAAUACAGAUAGCUAGAAAGCAUCUAUGAUAUGAUUUACACAUGCAGAGUGUUUUAAAGGGCGCUGGGUACACGGGUACAGUAUAGUUUGAAACUUGCAUCACUAUGAAAAUGUAAAGAUUUUAUGAAGAAAACUUUUUAAAUAAUUGACCAUGUAAUCAGAAUUAUAAGAACAACUAGCUGACCUGUUUGACAUUUUAUCUCAACUAUUCCACUUGGUGUCAGUCUAGUAGUCAUUUAGGGUUAACUUAGGGUUAAUUAUUUUUAAUUAGCCAUAACUCUUAAACACACAAUAGUGGUGAAUUUAGAAAUACUGAAAGAAACUUAAUAAAUUCAAUUAUGUUUAAUGUGUUUUAUGUAAAUUAAGUUUCAUUUUAAGCAAAUCAUUUGAUAAAAAUGCUGCCAUUGCAAAGCAUGUCCUAUAGAUAUCUUAUAUUGAAAACAAUUGCUACAAUAUGGACCACAAAAGAUAAGGUAAGAUAACACAUUACUUGUAAACAUGGCAGGGGGUUUAGUAAGACUUUAAUAGGUUGCUUUGGUACAUACAAGCCCUCAAAAAAGCAAAUAACCCGAUGUGUUAACAGGUGUGACUUUGUCAAGUUCAAGGGGCUCAUUUUACUUGUCUGGUGCAGAAUCAAGGGGUUCCCGCACACAAAAACAAAAACAUGCGUACUGUACAGUUAACCUCCAUCCCGACUCGUGUGGUCAUGCGUACUGUACAGUUAACCUCCAUCCCGACUCGUGUGGUCAUGCGUACUGUACAGUUAACCUCCAUCCCGACUCGUGCUGUCAUGCGUACUGUACAGUUAACCUCCAUCCCGACUCGUGCUGUCAUGCGUACUGUACAGUUAACCUCCAUCCCGACUCUUGUGGUCAUGCGUACUGCACAGUUAACCUCCAUCCCGACUCGUGUGGUCAUGCGUACUGUACAGUUAACCUCCAUCCCGACUCGUGUGGUCAUGCGUACUGUACAGUUAACCUCCAUCCCGACUCGUGUGGUCAUGUGUACUGCACAGUUAACCUCCAUCCCGACUCGUGUGGUCAUGCGCACUGCACAGUUAACCUCCAUCCCGACUCGUGUGGUCAUGUGUACUGCACAGUUAACCUCCAUCCCGACUCGUGUGGUCAUGUGUACUGCACAGUUAACCUCCAUCCCGACUCGUGUGGUCAUGUGUACUGCACAGUUAACCUCCAUCCCGACUCGUGCUGUCAUGCGUACUGCACAGUUAACCUCCAUCCCGACUCGUGUGGUCAUGCGCUCUGCACAGUUAACCUCUGUCCUGACUCGUGUGGUCAUGCGUACUGCACAGUUAACCUCCAUCCCGACUCGUGUGGUCAUGCGCACUGCACAGUUAACCUCUGUCCUGACUCGUGUGGUCAUGUGCACUGCACAGUUAACCUCCGUCCUGACUCGUGUGGUCAUGCGUACUGCACAGUUAACCUCCAUCCGACUCGUGUGGUCAUGCGUACUGCACAGUUCACCUCCGUCCUGACUCGUGCUGUCAUGCGCACUGCAUAGUUAACCUCCAUCCUGACUCGUGUGGUCAUGCGCACUGCAUAGUUAACCUCCGUCCUGACUCGUGUGGUCAUGCGCUCUGCACAGUUAACCUCCGUCCUGACUCGUGUGGUCAUGCGCUCUGCACAGUUAACCUCCAUCCUGACUCGUGUGGGCAUGCGCACUGCAUAGUUAACCUCUGUCCUGACUCAUGUGGUCAUGCGCACUGCACAGUAGGAUGUUAUGGGACAUCAUCCUCCUGCCCUAGUGAUAUGCUGUAACAUAAACACCCCUGUUGACCUGUUUUGACCAGUCAGGAUAGUGUUUAAAAGACCCAUUUUAUUAAUAUAUUUACCCAUAAAAACAGAACAUUCAUAAAUUGGUCAUUUUUUAAUAAACAAGAAUAAAUUCUGGGGUGUGAAAAUCAUUUAGUAUUUUCUAUACUGAAGAAUUGAGAUUGUUAUGAAUUUACUAUUUUAAAUCCCACAUGUAAGAAAAUACUUAGGGGUAGAUGUACUAAAGUGUUGCAAUCGUUGCAAACCACAUGCAAACCAGUCAGACGUGUAGUGUGCAAUGUACUAAACAAACGCAACGCUGUUCGCUUCAUUUUAACGAAUGCUUUGCAGCCGCAGUUCUUAUUUGCGCUUUAGCCUUAAAUGAAUAUGUAAUUCUGGGCGUUCCUGCAGAAAUUCACAAAAACAAGGUGGAGAUGAGAGUGCAAAUGAGGGAUCAAAAAUAUUAUAAUGAGAUGUACUAAAGCUACAGGCAAUUGCGACACUUACAAAGGAAUCAAUUUGUUAAGAACUUUUGAAAGCAUGUUUUAAACAGUCGCAAUUGUUGCUGGCAUUUCCCAGUCCGCUUUUUCUCGUGUGUUGCCAGUUGUGCUCAAUGCAUUUUUGAGACGAACACCCAAGUACCUAUUUUUCACUAAAUUCAGGGUGUACUUACAAGCCUUGAAAACAAAUUUCUAUGACAUUUCUGAUUUUCCCAGCGUGUUGAGAGCAAUAGACUGCACACAAACCCCUCCAGCUCAUUCUGAGCAUCUGUAUAGGACCAUGAUCUAUUGUGUGCUAACUGUCUAGGCUACUAAGUAGAUCAAUUAAAAAAAAAAAAAAAAAUUAAAUUUAAAUAAAACAAACCCUACAAUCAUUUAGUUUCAAUUUAAAUUAAUCUUUUAUUAACAUUGUACACUAAUGUGUUCAAUGCAGCAGAAUGAUUUAUUUUGUGUUACCAGUAGGCUAAAGUACAAAGAAAGUGCACUAGGUAUUCAUUUGAUUUUACUACUGUACUGUAUACUGUAUAGGCCUACUGUACAGAUUUAUAUUUUUACAUAAUGUAAUGUGUAGCCUACCCAGAACACAUUAGUGUCAUUUCAGCGCAAUGAGUUAUAUUUAAAAUACGUUGAGAACUGUAAAUGUAUGUGUGUGCGAUUUUAUUGUAUUGUUUUUAAACCCGACACCUCCUUAUGUCAGACAAACAUGUCCGGUUUAGCGAGGGGCUACUGUAUGAUUAUGAAAAGCUUUUUGAGGGUGAAGGUUGGGCCCCCACUAUAGAAUCUGAUGGGAUUUGCACUGCGAAUGGCCCAUCUUAGUACUUGAACCCCUUAAUAUUUUACACAAGCUGAUCACCUAUAGCUAACAAAAUAGUUCCACAGCAGGCCCGCGUGUAACUAAUACUACAUGGAUAGUAUAAUUGUAUCUAACAAAAUCACAACUAUUUUACACUUAAUACAUUAUACAAUUAAUAUUGUCAUUUUAAAACAGACAUCUUGUACUACACUAAGUUUGCUUGUCUUGCCUUCAGAGAAGUCUGUUACCAUGGUCAUUUAACUCCAGCAGUGUCUGCUGGGUCAUGUUACUGGUUGAAAGCAUGUCUGUCAAUAUAGGAAGCAGAUGAUUGGUUAUUGACAAGAAAGAAACCAGUGAAGGGGCGUGGCCAGUUUUACCUUCAGGGUGACCUUGUGCAGUAACACAUGUGUGUUUUAAAAUGAAAAUAAAUGUUGCUAAAACAUUUUCUUAAAACCUGCAUAUCAGAGACCCAUGUAGAUAAUGGAAGUGCAAAAUAGUUGAUUUAUGAAAUGAUUUUGUUAGAUACGAUUAUUUUAAAUUAUACUAUCCAUGUAGUUUUUAUUGGUUCCACGUGGGCAUGCUGUGGUGAGAUUGAAGGUGGGUGGUGUGAGACAGGUUCAUUUUUAGUGUAAGAUGACAACAUCGCUACCAAAAAAAAAAAAAAAAAAUCACACAAAAAAUAUUAUUCAAUGACAAAUAACCACAAUACUAUAUGAGGAAUUAUUGAAGACCUCUAGUCGAAACAUUUGUCAUAUUAAGUUUUUAUUAGUAUUUCUAAAUUAAGCACCAUUGAGGUUUUAAUAGUUACCCUUAUAAAAGUUUACCACUGUAAAUGUGCCAUGUCAUUUUGCCAUGUUUUUUUGUUUUUAAUUAUUUUCCUUACCGUACCUCAUUGGGAUUUACAUAGGGUUUUUUUUAAGGAUACCGUAUUGAUGAUAUAACAGGAGUUACCAGAGAUUACGGCCUGUUUGCACCAAAUUGGUCCGAAAUCUCUGCUAAUUCCCUCAGGGUUUGUUGCUUUAAUGAAAAUGCCGAAAGUCUGGGAAUUGGGAACUUGGCUUAAGCCCCCCAUGAUAAUAGGCAUUAUGUCUAAGACACACAACACCCCCCAUUAAAUACCAAGAUCAUUUACUCCUUGAUAAAUCAGUCCUGACCCGUGCUUGCUCAUGGUGUCCUCGGGGCACGGCGAUCAAAACAUCCUAGCAGGGACGCACAUUUGAAUUGGAUGAACUUAACUUUGCACAACUGCCCAGUAACUUCCCAACGUUUAAGGGGGCUCAUAUUUAAAUUAGGGAUGAUGCCUACUCCCUGGUAGUCGAUCAAACAAAUUGGUUUAACUUUGCUGAACUUCCUGUUAAGAAAACGUUCCCAAAUAAGAGCCAGGAGAGUUGAAAGACUCCUACAAAGACCUAACCAGUCACAUUCAAAAAAUACUAAAAUAAUCUACAAUUCAAUGACAAGCGUUUCAAUUCGAAGUCUUUUUCAAAGUCAAGACACGCCACUCGGUUGCCAGUGUUUUGGAAGGUGUUUGUAAGGAGGGCUGCUGGGGGAGUAAUUAACGUCAUCGUGUCGCUCAGUCACAGGGAUCACACAAGUGGUUUAGUGUAAGCCUCUUUUCCUGGAGGAGUUUGUGCCACUAAUUAUUGUCGUCCUGGAAGAGUGAUUUUAAAUCAUUCUAAUACAGCAGGGGUUUUCAACCAGGGGUACGCAUGGUGAGAUGAUGAGAUUCUGGGAUCAAUAAGCUACUAACAACCAAACAAGCAAGAUGGGCUGAAUGGCCUCCUCUUGUUUGUAAACUUUCUUAUGUUCUUAUGUUCUUAAAUAAAAUGAAAGUAAGAGAAAAUAAUUAUCUUAAUUUUUUUAACUGUAUUAUAUAGUCUCUAAACCACGGUGUAUGCUUAUUUAAUCUUUGUGUAGCAGCUGAUAGUGAACUGCUAAUGGAAAAUUUUUUAAAAAAACUAGAAUCUAGCACGUCCAUAUUUUCCACCUGUACGCAUGCGCAAUUUCGAUUGCGUGGAUUUCCAAUCUGAUGAUACAUAGAGUGCUCUGUGUUGCUAAUGAUGUUUGCUGUUUCAACUUGUCUUAUCAGUGAAGCCGUGUUUCUGCUGUUUUAGAAUAUAAAUGCUCUGGUAAAUAUAAAUAAUCAUUGCAAUACUCAUAUUUGAUGGGUUUUGUUUAUUACCUCAGCUGCAUUUUAUUAAGCUAUAAAAAAAGCUCUAAAAGCUAUAAAAAGCUGUAAAAAAGGCCAACAAGAUGCUUGGAUAUAUUGUGAGAAGUGUUGAAUUUAAAUCAAGGGAAGUAAUGUUAAAACUUUACAAUGCAUUAGUAAGACCUCACCUAGAAUAUUGUGUUCAGUUCUGGUCACCUCGUUACAAAAAGGAUAUUGCUGCUCUAGAAAGAGUGCAAAGAAGAGCAACCAGAAUUAUCCCGGGUUUAAAAGGCAUGUCGUAUGCAGACAGGCUAAAAGAAUUGAAUCUAUUCAGUCUUGAACAAAGAAGACUACGCGGUGAUCUGAUUCAAGCAUUCAAAAUCCUAAAAGGUAGGAUAAAGGGUCAUUCAGAACAGAAAAUAGGAGACACUUUUUUAAACAGAGAAUUGUGAGGGUCUGGAACCAAUUCCCCAGUAAUGAUGUUGAAGCUGACACCCUGGGAUCCUUCAAGAAGCUGCUUGAUGAGAUUCUGGGAUCAAUAAGCUACUAACAACCAAACGAGCAAGAUGGGCUGAAUGGCCUCCUCUCGUUUGUAAACUUUCUAAUGUUCUUAUGUUCUUAACAGCAAUAGCGUCUGGUUCAAUAUGUUUCCGGUGUUUGAUACACCGGAUAAAAAUAAAAAUGAGUGAGACUCUUGUGUGAGAUAUGAGGCACAAGGCAUGCCAGGUGCAUAUUCUUUAAAAGCAGGGUCGGUAAAUAGUGCUAGUAGAAUAAACACAGAUUACUUAUUUUAUUAUCAACAGCUGAAUGGCAAUACACAAUACUGUUACUGUAAGAAGACUAUACACCAUACUGUUACUGUAAGAAGACUAUACACCAUACUGUUACUGUAAGGAGACUAUACACAAUACUGUUACUGUAAGGAGACUAUACACAAUACUGUUACUGUAAGAAGACUAUACACCAUACUGUUACUGUAAGAAGACUAUACACCAUACUGUUACUGUAAGGAGACUAUACACAAUACUGUUACUGUAAGGAGACUAUACAAAAUACUGUUACUGUAAGAAGACUAUACACCAUACUGUUACUGUAAGAAGACUAUGCAUCAUACUGUUAUUGUAAGAAGACUAUACAAAAUACUGUUACUGUAAGAGGACUAUACAAAAUACUGUUACUGUAAGAAGACUAUACACAAUACUGUUACUGUAAGAGAACUACCUGCUUUAGUUACCAAAACAGAAAAAAACACAGAAUAGCCUACAGUAUCGGGCUUACUAAAUAGUUUCCUAGAAACAUCGCAAUCAAACCUAUUUGAUAAUUAAAACUGAAAAAUAGAAGAAGCAGCUUGGUUAAACAAGCAGACCUGCAUUGAACUUCCAAAUGAAAAACCAGACAGAACAGAAAGAGACAUUGUGACAUUCAGCUAACAUUCGGAGCUGGGAAGGGAGCCUGACGGGAACAGGCAAGGCUGCCACCUAGAAACUCCAGGGGCCAUAUUACAAAAGCAUCCGAAGUGACAUUCUGUCUCAUCUUCAGAGAUAGAAUGUCCUAACUACAAGUUUAGGAGAGUUGAUAUUGCUCUCCUAACUUAUUUUCCUAACUUAAUUUAAGAUAGGAAAUAGCAUAUUACAGAAUGUUCCUAACUUCAA